AUGUCUUAUCAAGGAUAUGGCCAGCCCUACGGCCAACCGCCGCCUCCCCAGGGCUAUGGCCAGUAUCCCCCUCCUCAACAGGGCCAAUAUCCUCCUCAGCAGGGCCAGUACCCUCCUCCUCAUGGGCAAUAUCCUCCAGCCCAGCAAGGGCAGUACGGCCAGCCUCCUCCCCCUCAGCAGGGAGGAUAUUACCAGUCUCCCCCGCCCCCUCCCGGCCAGUAUCCCCCACCACAAGCGCCCUACGGACAGCCGCCGCCUCAGCAAUACGGGGCUCCUCCUCCUCAACACCAACAACCCUACGGAGCGCCUCCUCCAGGCCAAUAUGGAGCGCCUCCUCCACAGCAUGGAGGGCAUUACGGUGCCCCUUCCCCGGCGCCUUAUGGAGCUCCUCCGGCACAGCCUACGCCGCCAUCUAUUGGCUAUGGCGCGCCCCAGAUCAUUCAAUGGGACGGCACCCCAGAUGCUCAGGCUUUGCGCGGGGCCAUGAAAGGCUUUGGAACGGACGAGAAGACUCUGAUUAAUGUUCUUUCGCGAAAAGACCCGCUACAGAUUGAGGUGAUUCGAUCCACUUACGAGCGCACCUUCAAGCGCAGGCUGGUAGAGGAUAUAAAGAGCGAGACAAGGAGCUGGUUCGAAUUUGGUCUGGUGCAGCUUGCCCGUGGUCCACUGCUGGCUGACAUUCAUAACCUGUUCGAUGCCAUGGCGGGCCCGGGAACUAAGGAGGUCGUCAUGAAUGAUAUUCUAUUGUCGAGAUCCAACGCCGACCUGAGAGCUAUCAAGAGCGCCUAUCAGCAUACAUUCCGACGAAGCUUGGAGAACGAUGUCAAGGGUGAACUGAGCUUCAAGACGGAGAGGCACUUCUUGAUCGUGCUGGCUGCUAACCGGGCCGAGGACUCGGCACCAGUAAAUCCACAGCAGGUAGAAGAGGACGUCAUGAACAUCUACAGGGCGACCGAGGGCAAGGUUGGCACCGACGAGAUUCUGGUUUGCAGCAUUUUAAGCAACAGAAACGACAACCAGAUCCGAGCUGUCGCCCAUACCUACAAGCAAAAGUUCAACCGCGACUUGGAUACCGUACUUGCGAGCGAAUUCUCGGGCCAUAUGAGAGAGGCUCUCUUGUUUCAACUUCGCCAUGCUGUUGAUAAAUAUAUGCACGCUGCACAGCUUUUGGAGGAUUCCAUGGCCGGCUUGGGCACCAAAGAUCAUCUGCUCAUUUCUCGAACCAUCCGUUUCCACUGGGAUCGGAACGAGCUUGCAAACGUCAAGGGGGCCUACCAGCAUCGGUACAAGAAGCCAUUAGCCUCUCGUAUCAGAGGAGAGACAUCUGGCGACUACCAGAAGCUGCUGGUCGCCUGUGUUGGAGAGUGA